UCAGGUCGGGCAGGAAGUAAUGAGGAAGUAAACAGUCCGGGUGCUGCUUCAUUCACAGCUUCACUUGAGCGCCCGUUAAAACCCAGCAGUGGUCUCCUUUGAAAACUAUACGGAGUGGGGAAACCUUACUUUAGAAAACGAUGUCAACGGCAAUGAACUUCGGAAGCAAGACCUUCCGACCGCGUCCACCGGACAAAGGAGCGUUUCCCUUGGAUCACUUCGGUGAAUGCAAGUCGUUUAAAGAGACAUUCAUGCGAUGCCUCGGAGACAACCGUUUCGACAGCUCGCGCUGUCGGGUCGAGUCUAAGGAGUAUCUGGAGUGCAGGAUGGACAGACAGUUAAUGGCAAAGGAAUCCUUGGAAAAACUUGGCUUUAAGGACUUGAUGGGGGAACCAGACGAAGAAAAUAAAGGCAAACUCUGACUAAAUGUAAUUCGGACUGAUGUACAUUUUGUUAAACAAUGUUGUUGUUGUUUUGAGUGGACACUAGGUAGUGUUCGAACUGUGUCAAAGCACUUGGGCCGUCCCCAAAACUGCCCUCCACGCGCCCUUUAAAACAACAUUGUUUGAUUGUUGAUUGCGAAUCAAUCAUCGGACUGACAGAUAAAUCAUCUUUCUGAAAAGUCUCCCAUUUAUUAAAAGAACGGGAUCACAAAACAACGAUAGAAUUCGCUCGUCCCUCUUUACUUUGGAUUUAUCAAGAUGAACCGACUUCUGAUUCACUACUAAGAACCGGCUCAUACGAGUCAUUCGUUCGGAAAUCAAAUAAAUAAAAAUGAACUAAAAUGAUUUGGUCGGGAAACGAACUGCACUUUUCACACUGUAUGGCCAACUUUGAUUCACUACACAUAACCUGCUCAUAGUCAUUCGUUCAGGAACCCACUGGUUGCACUGUGUUUAUGAUUCACUACCAAAAAAAAAAGAAUCAUUCAAUCGGGAAUCAAACACUUUUUGAUUUACUAAAAAGAAGCGACUUAAUUGGGACUUCACUGUCUGUGAUGUGUAAAUUAUGUUUUCUUUCUUUGUUUUUUUGGUGGGACCUGCGAGAACAACGCACUUUAAAGACGUUUAUUGGGUAUUUAAUCAUUCAUAACGCGUUUUAUUUUUGGCGCAGCGACAAAGAAUCAUAAGCGGUGCAAUAAUUUGUAGCCUUCUUAAUAUGGUAUUUUUUUUUAAAUAAGUCAAAUAAAUGUAAAUUAAAAAGGCACUUUAUGCAAAUAAAUAUCACCCACACCAAGGAGCCCAAGUAUCACAGCUGAACAUAACGCAGUGUGCAUUUAUCAUAACAAGAGCGUAAGAGUCACAAACAUAUGAAUCAAUGAAUCACGAGCUCAAUCUGUGUAACCUAGCAGUUCAUAAUAUCGUAUGCAAAUCAGAUUCCUCCAGUUUUUUUUGUAAAUGCAACAAGCAUCUGUAGGUGUAAAAUCAACAAAAGACAGGGCUAUUUAACGUUGCAUAUGCACCAUCUGCUGCCUGUCAUCCUGUAAAAGCCAUCAGACGCUGGCGGAUCUGACUUGAGCUCCUAAAAGAGAUGAGCAGAGUGAAUGUUGCCCUGAUGGACGUCUCUGACAGGUCUGAUUGAGCAGCGGCGGGGCCCCGUAUCUCCCGACAGAUGUAAUGAUUGCAGGAACACGACGAAUCAAUUAUUCCUAAAACAAGGCCAGGUCUGUGCAUAUAGACACGAAUCGCCCAGGAGAAAUCAAACUGGGAUCGAUGUGAAUCUUGGCUGGAUUUGACACGGAUGAUCUAACAUCGUUUUGCUCUGCUUUCUGUUUUGAGAUGCGUUAGAGGUAGAUGAAAAAUAGUGUAGUACACAUACAGUAGGCCUAUAUAGUCGUUUUAUAAUAUAUUCUGCAGUUCAAGGAAUUUUAAAUGUUUUUUUAAUGUGUGUUUGAUGCUCAUCAGGGCUGUGUUCAUUUGAUGACAAAUACAUUAAUAUUGUGAAAAAUUA